AUGCAAGGCACUAAAGUUUCAAAAAUCGCAAACAUAUUCCAAGGAAUGCCGUCGAGGGAUGACGAAGAUAUGCGUGGCGCAGAUGUGACGGUCGUACGAACCGAAAGCCACUUAGCGCGAUUUAAUAAUGCACGAGCGCUAUUUGAAAAGUUAGGCGAAGAGAAUCGCGGGUUUCGAAUUGAGAAAUCGCCUUCCGCCGCAGCUAGCUUCGCGGGCACUCGCGGUGGUCCCCCUGCCGUACCUGCACGCUCGCGUUCCAGUUCUGCAGGUUCCGUAAGCCCGACCAGAGCCAACGUUACGCCCCCCGCAUUAACUCCAUCUCUCAAUGGGGGCCGUCUCGCUAAUGGUGCCGCGCAACCGCCUCCGAAGCCAGCAAAACCAAGUGUUUUGCCUAAACCAGAAAAACCUGAUAGACGAUUUAACAAAGAACUCAUUGAAAAACAAAGAAAUUGGACUGCUCAUUUUACCAAACAGCGGCCAACUCGAUAUGAACACGAGCAGAGGGCAGAUCAAAAAUUUUCUUCUGGCUAUCACGAUAGAAAGUCACCUGAAGCCGCUGAAAGGCAUGUUGUUCCUUCUCGUGUAUAUUCACCUCCUCUUUCACCCGGUGCUGGGGAUUCCCCAGUAGAACGUCCCACGACCCUACCAUCAUCACUAGUUACUAGAGGUGUACACGUUGCGAAAUCCCCUAGUCCUGUAAAAACAGUCGCUUCAGUGUCACCUUCUCCUAGGUCAAGUAAUUUAAUAUCACCCACCGCAAGAACCGAUAUUCUGACUUCACCUAUAAUGAAAGUGGACAGUUCACCAAUCAAGGAUAGUGCCCAUAGCAUUGGAAUUAACGAAAGAAUUUGUGUUGGCAAUCGCAGUUCUAUUUGUAGUGAUUACGAUAAUGACACUGUGCAGACUGAUGCAAAUAAUCUGAAUAAUUAUUUGCAAUAUGAGAAGUUAGCUCCAAAGCCUUUAGAAAGAAUAUCUCCUGUGCAUUCAUCUACUGUUCCUAUACACACAACUCCUGAACCAUUACCUAAGAGACCUGCACCGUCACCGCCUAUUCGAUUGCCAAAAUCACCACCACCUCCCAUACCACAAGAGAAAGUGUCACCUCCACAUGAAACAAUUCCUUCUGUAGCGGCCAGCGAAGAAAGUACUUCUGCGUCACCUUUGGACGUUUCUGCCAAAAAUUUACAAAUUGAACCUGUAUCUGUGCGUACAAGAAGAUCUCCAUCUAAAUCUCCAAUUGUCAGUCCUGCGCGUGAUCAUGACUCUGAUCUCACCUCUUCCGUACAGCACGGUACAGAUAUUUGGGAUAAUAUGCCUAAAUCGCCUUCGAAGAAUCGAAAUUUAAUAGACAGAGAAGAUGACAGUUACGAGGUUUUACAGUAUACCGAGGAUUGGGAUGAAAAGUCGAAAUCGAUUAAGCGCCGUUCGUCUACACCCGAAUCUCCAACGAGUGUGCUGCCAGAAGAUGAUGCUUCCAGAACGCCGCUAACUUCCCCAGCGGCGUCCCCGGUGCAGUGUAUCCCGUCAACACCUCCAGCACUCGCUUCGCCCUCGCAUUCGGGCGGAGGUCGCAAGUCGUCGGAGGCGGAGGAGAGUGGCCGGCGCGCGUCGAGCGUGUCGGACGAGGGCGGCUUCAACGAGCCGUCGCCCGACGUCGCGGCGCUGCGGCCCUCGGAACGCGCGCGCUCCGACCCCGAUACGCUCUCUGUACUGCAACAGGAUUCCGGUGUGGUAGUGAGCGAGGCCAGCCAAGGCUCCAUAGAGGUGCUCGACAAGUCGACCACUAGCCAAUGGAGCGUGUCGGAGGCGGAGAACGCGUCGAGCGAGGCGGCGCGCGCCGACGUGACCGACGCGCACGACGCGGACGACAAGCAGCCCGACAGCAUGACGCCGGACGAGGCCGAGAUAUUGCUCAGCUCCAGUAUUCUGGAGAAAAAACUUAGACAAGAGGCUCUGCUGUCGGACGAGCAGGCGCAGGAGAUCGUGGCCAUGCUGUCGCCGCACGCGCUGCCGCACGACAACGGCGUCUCGCUCAACGACAGCUACCAGUCCGUGCUCUCCUACGAGAGCAUACAGUCAGUGGACGAGAGCUACGAAUUUGUCUCGCUGGAAGCGGACGCCGGGAUGGCAGCCGGCGAUAGAUGUCACGACGACGAACACGAACAGCACGUGGAACAUGUUCAACAAACGGAAGACGUAAAGGAAGCGGAACACACGCAACAAAUGGAACACAUGCAACGAGCGGAACCUGCCGAGCAAUUGCAACACCUCAAACACGCUGUACAUGUUCAGCAAGUGGAUGUCGGGCGGGCCAAUUCCACGGACGCGUCCGAGACUGUGUUUGACUACUACCCACCACAACCGUUACGAGAGCUCGGCGAAGAGAACGGCAUUCAUUACUUCGAGGAUGGACACUUCUACACUGAGGUUGCUGGACUACCGCCCGUAGAAGAAGAAGAAGAUGACGACUACUACCCACCUGUAUUUGUUAAGAAGAAUACCAAAGUUAAAUUUAGCACGGAGCCGAUGCGCGUGUUCUCGACGCACUCGGUGCGCGAGUACGACCGACGCAACGAGGACGUGGACCCGGUGGCCGCGUCCGCCGAGUACGAGCUGGAGAAGCGCGUCGAGAAGAUGCACGUGUUCCCCGUCGACCUCGUCAAGGGCGCCGACGGCCUCGGCCUCUCCAUCAUCGGCAUGGGCGUGGGCGCAGACGCGGGGCUGGAGAAGCUGGGCAUCUUCGUGAAGACCAUCACCGAGAGCGGAGCGGCCGCGCGCGACGGACGCAUACACGUCAACGACCAGAUCAUCGAGGUCGACGGCAAGAGCCUGGUAGGAGUCACGCAAGCCUAUGCAGCAUCUGUUCUACGUAAUACGUCGGGCCCCGUUAAAUUCCUCAUCGGUCGGGAAAAAGAUCCGGAGAACAGCGAAGUGGCGCACCUGAUACGCCAGUCACUUGCCGCUGACAAGGAAAGAGAAGAGAGGGCCGCUCGUGAGCGACAACGUCGCCAACAGGUGGAGGAGGAAGACAGCAACCAGCAGUCCUCUGCCGAUACUGCCGUCUCACAGGCAAAGCAUCCCGAAAUCAACGAAAUACGCGCCUUUUUACAAGAGCUGGUGGGCAUGGAGGCGGGCGGCGGGCGCAGCGACGAGAUAAGCGCGCGCGUGCGGGAGUGGUGUGCGCGGCGCGCGCCCGCGCCGCCGCCCACCCCGCCGCACCAUGCCAUCGCGCGCGCCGCCGAAGCGCACCGCAAGUACGACAAGGCGCGACGGGCACUGCGUGGGUGGCGACGUACGCGGGCCAUGGUGCGCGCGCGCGAGGAGUGGUGGAGCGCCGCGCUGCGCGACGCGCACCGCGAGUACGCCACCGCGCUCUCCGCGCUGCACGACCGCGUGGCGCGCCUCGAGGUGCUGCUGCUGGAGACGCAGAAGAAGGCGGGGCUGCCGGUGAUGCUGCCGCACGAGCCGUCCGCGCGCCGCGAGACGCCGCCGCUGCCGCGCCGCCCCGACCCCGACCCGCUGCUCAUAGACGAUCCUUGGAGCUCCGACAGUGACCUUUCGGACUUGUCACCGAUAGAAGAUGAAUACGCAAAGGUCGACAAAUCGGAUCGACGGCAACGCGAACCGCCUGACAUCGGUGACGUUACGGCCACCACGUCGAACGACUCCCGGGCGAGCGUCAACAGUGUGGUGGACGUUAAGCCGGCCGUCAGCGUCGCCCCGACGACGUCGCACAGAGUGACGCCGACCCCCCCCCCCGCCACUAGCGCCAGCACCCCACCUGUCAUCUCCACUGUCGGCUUGCCGAGCCCCGCCACUGUUACAACAGUAGCCCCCACGUCUGUUAACGACAUUUUCGGCGGCGUGGACGUGGCGAGUGUGGCAGGCGUGGCGAGCGUGGCGGUUGCGUCGCGCGAGCUGGACGCGGCAGUUCCGCGCGGCGCGCUUCUGGACACGUCGGUGCAUCGCGCGCGCACCGACCUGGCGCGCCAGCGGCCGCACGCGCCCUACUCCCCGCACUCGCUCAGCAACGCCAGCUCGUACGAUGGACUAGACGACUCCUACAAUGAUUCCGCAGAUGAAUCUUUAAGCGAAUCGACUUCGGGGCCGCCUCAUUCCCAUACAACGCGCGACACACGACAGAGUUGCGGCAGCUCCAUAGGAAGCACGACGGAUGAUGCGGUGUACUCACGUGACCACAGGCAUCACCCGCUCUCAGGUCCGCCGGCGUCGCUGGCCGAGCAGCUGAAGCAGGUUCUGGCCGAGCGCGAGCGCCGUCUGGCCGGCGCGCCCGAGCCCGCGCCCGCGCCCGCGGCGCACGUGGCGCACGCCGCACACGCGCCCCACACGGCGCGCGCCUCGCCGCAUCCCGACCCCGUGCAGCUCACUAACGAGCUCGUCGACGAGAUACGCCAGGCCGUCAGCGAGGCCAACGCAAGAGUGAAGAAAGCUCCGGCUUGUGUAGUCGGCGGCGAGGUUCCGUGGCAGCCGCUGUCAGCCGCCGCGUCCGAGGCCAGCCUGUCACCGCUGCCCGCCCCCAGCGCGCACUCCGUCAGCCAGUGGAGCAAGCAGCAGGGGUGGCAGUGGGUGUCGGGGCUGGGCGAGGGCCUGGAGCGGCACGCAGGCGCGUUCGCGGCGCGCGGCGUGGACGGCGCGCUGCUGCUGGCGCUGGGCUCGGCCGACCUCAAGCUGCUGGGGCUGCCGGCCGACCAGCGCCGCCGCAUGAAGCGCCGCCUCAAGGAGCUGCGCGCCGCGCACGACAAGCACCUCAAGGCGCUCAAGAAGGCCGAGAAGAAGGCCAAGAAGAAGUAG